AUGCAGCACGACCCUUUUGUUUUUGAGCUUCUUGUGUCAUUAUCGAGAGAUGUGGACAUAAACGCAAGUGACGAGGAAGGGUUCACCGUAUUGCACAGGCUUAGUGCCACUUUUGAGAAACGCACCAGAUUCGGAAAUACUUUCUCAGCACUCCCUUUCAAAGGCGAUCAGGAUAAAGACAAAGAUUAUCUCGGUCGUACCGUUGCUGCAAUUCAAGCUUUAGGAGCAAAUAUAGAGCAGUUGAGAAAUUCAGCGGCUUCUCGAGCCCAAAAAGCACAACGUGGGUGGGAUUUUCCAAGCCGGACUCCACUCAUGAUAGCCUUUCUCACACCUUCCACCCCGGUGAUGAAGGAGCUCCUGAAACUCGGCGCUAGCGUUCACACAGAGAAUGAAAAGCGUGAAACAGCAUUGCACUAUUUUCCCGACGACAAGUUGCCUUGCAUCGAAGGUGUACGACUCCUAGUGAACCAUGGAGCAAAUGUUAAUCAUCGCAACCUAUCUGGCGCAGCACCAAUCUUGAAAGCCGCGCAAUUUGGUCUACUAGAUGUUCUAGAUUUCUUGUUGAGUGAGGGUGCAGAUAUCGAUGAGAGACAGUCUAGCCAAGCUUUGGUAACAGGUGGAAGUAAUAUAUUCGCAUUUCUUGCAUGGGAAGACCCUACCUGGAGAUUUGACACAGAUUGUGAGGUUUUGAAGGUACUGGAAGCUCACCUUUUUACUUGCGUGGACCACGAAAAGAAGAAGCGAGUGUUAGAACGGGGCAGUGAUCUAGGGGAAACAUUGUUGCAUCGUUUUGCCUCCAAAGCGAUGCCGCGCUGCGUUGAAGGACUGAUCCGCAAUGGUGCACCGGUGAAUGCCUUGUAUUAUAAAUAUAUCAGGGAGAGAGAAGGAGAUCAUUACAUACAAGAGUCUUGGUACGAGACACCUUUUGACGCAGCUGUUAAGACUGGAGAGUGGAGGGUGAAAUACAUGACGGAAGAGCGACGUUGGCCAAGGUCUGAAUAUAAGGAUUUGGAGCGUCGAGAUAAAGAAGUUAUCGAAAGUAUUAAAAGAGCUGGUGGCAAACCAGCGCCGACAGAGGUUGUCAGAUCUAGAUUCGACAUUGACUCAAGCAUGUCAAAUGGCCAAUAA